GUCAAAGCUCUCCAGCAGCUCAGAUCUUUACUGAAGCAUCACUCAGCACAUUUGCCACCCAACCUCCGAUUCAACAUGGCAACCCGAUGGGGACUGUGUGGUGCCGGGAAGAUCAGCCAUGACUUCAGCGUGGCCAUGAAGAUUCUGCCUCCUGCAGAUCACCAGAUAGCAGUCAUUGCGUCAAGGAGCUUGGAGCGCGCCAAAGAGUUCGCCAAGAAGCACAGUAUUCCUAAGGCUUACGGCAGCUACGAGGAGCUCGCCAACAACCCAGACAUCGACAUCGUGUACCUGGGGGUGUUGCAUACGGAGCACUGGCGAGUCGGCCUGCUGUUCCUCAAUGCAGGAAAGAACGUGCUGUGCGAGAAACCUUUUGCCAUGAACUCCAGACAGGUGAAAGAGCUUGUCGCAGCCGCAAAGAAAAACAAGGUCUUCCUGAUGGAGGCCAUCUGGUCCCGCUGUUUCCCCGUGCACUCUGAGGUGCGCAGGCUGCUGGCGGAGGAGGUGGUCGGGGAGGUGAAGCUGGUGAAGGCCUACUUCGGCUCCCCCCAGCUCCACAUCCCCCGCUCGGUGGAGAAAGAGCUGGGAGGAGGUGCGCUGCUCGACAUCGGAGUGUACUGCCUGCAGUUUGUCCUCAUGGUGUUCAACGGAGAGAGGCCGGAGUCCAUCCAAGCCACGGGGGUGCUGCUUGACUCAGGAGUGGAUGAAUCUGUGGUGGUGGUGAUGAAGUUCUCCAGGAACAGGAUGGCCUUCUGCUCCUUUUCAAUCGCUGCUCGACUCCCGAAUGAUGCUGUCAUCAGCGGCACUGAGGGCUCCAUUAAAGUCCUCGGCCCCAUGCACUGCCCCACUACACUGGUUGUGAAUGACAAGGAGACAGAGUACCCUCUACCUGAGCCGGGCCUUCCUCUGAACUUCACCAACAGCACUGGGCUUUGCUUCGAGGCAGAGGAAGUGAGGCAGUGCCUGCUGAAGGGACUUAAGGAGAGCCCACGGAUGCCUCUGGCUGAGUCCAUCUUACUGACGGAGAUCAUGGAUGAAAUCAGGAAGCAGGUGGGAGUUGUCUUCAGCCAGGACAGCCAGUGACAUCAGUCCGGAGCCAAGCUGUUCCACCUGACCUAAACCUGCUCAGGUGGAACAGAGGGAAGCCGCUCGAGGGAAAGCGCCGGAUCUUUGGCACAAGCAGAUCAGUCAUGGCACCGUGUGACACGGCCUGAGC